AUUGCUGUGAGAGAAAAAACACUCUUGGUUGCCAAUUUCUCUCCCCAAACCAAAAUAACAGAUAUAAUCAAUUUCUUCAAAGAUGUUGGAGAAGUUGUUCAUGUUCGACUUGUUGUAGACAACAUGGGCAAGCAUAGGGGCUGGGGCUUUGUUGUGUUUGCUUCUUCUUAUGAAGCAGUGAAGGUGCUGGAAACAAAGAACGGUGAAUAUUUGCACAAUUCCAAGAUUUAUCUCGAUGUGGCUAAGACAGCUCCAUGUCGUCCACGACCAAAGUAUUGCAUAGAUUACAAGUUUUGGUAUGAAGACUAUCUUCGACGAGAAAUCCUUCGGAUAGAUGAAGAUGAGGUAGUGGAAGGACUUAAUGAAAUUCCCAAUUUGGUUGAGGCACUGGACACGAAGAACGGUGAAUAUUUGCAUAGUUGUGAGAUUUUUCUUGACGUGGCCGAGAUGGCUCCUUACCCUUUCCAUCCCAGGUACAACCUCGUGGAGAAGCUUUGUUACGAAGACAAACUUCUACAAGAAAGAUAGAAAACAAAAUCCCGUUUCUGUGGUAAGAAGACUAUCAUCCCUUGCAACGAGUGAUAGAAGAUCUUUGGUGUUUUUAACUUCUGAUACAUUGCAACUGUGUUUUAUUACUUUCAAUUUUCUUAUGUUCUUGUACGAAGAUAAACUUGACAUUUCAAUACACCACCUCCUAAGUCUUUAAGAUUAACAUGCAUGGGUAAACUGUUUUUCAA